UUAAGUGGAGUGGAGAGCCUUUUUCCCACGUCACACAAUCACACACACAUAAACACAUACGCACGCUGGUGAUGACGAAAGCAGGGACCGCCCUCCUCUCUUUCUCACUGUUGUUACCUUAUUGCUGUUGGAGCUGCUCAUCUUCCUCAGCAUCACUCAGAGCGCACUUAGGGAUGGAUGGCUGAGAGGAGGAUGAUGAAGAUGCUGAUGCUGAGGAGGGUGGUCCUGUUGAUGAUGGUAUUGGUGCUGAUGAUGAUGAUGAUGGGACUGACGUUGCUGGAUGCCAGAUCGGAGUAGAAUAGUAGUAGUUAGGCUUCGCUAGAAGUGCAGAAGAAGGUGUUGGAGCUCCAAAAAAACUUUUUGUUUGUGUUUUUAUCGUUUUUCCAUAUAUUUUUUCUUGACAGUUUUGUCCAUUUUUUUCCUUCACUUAUGUCUCGCAAACUCCCCCACCAUGACUACAGCCUCCGCAGCAUGAGCAACCUGCUGGGCGAGAGGCGCAAGAAGGCGAGCGACGACGGCGAGAGGAGCCUGAUCACCGGCGGUGGAGGGGCGGGGGCUUCCAGCCUCAGCAGCCCGGGCGCGGUGAGCUCCUCCUCGGCUUCGCUCAGCUCCGCGGCCGCGGGUGGCUCUGGAGCUCCCGGAGCUUCUGGAGACCCGGAGCGGGCAGCUCGCAAGCAGCUCCAGCAGGACGACACGCCGGCCUUCGUGUACGUCCUGGCCGCCUUCUCGGCUCUGGGGGGCUUCUUGCUGGGCUACGACACGGGCGUGCUCUCGGGGGCGGUGCUGCUGCUCAAACGCGAGAGCAACGUGACCGCGCUGUGGCAGGAGCUGCUGGUGUCCGGAGCCGUGGCCGCGGCGGCGCUGUCCGCGCUGGCUGGCGGCGCUCUGAACGGGCUGCUCGGUCGGAGGGUCUGCGUGCUGCUCGCCAGCUGCGUCUUCGCCAUCAGCGGCGUGGUGCUCAGCGCGGCGCCCGGCAAGGAGGUGCUGCUCGUGGGGAGGCUGCUGGUGGGACUCGGGCUCGGGAUCAGCUCUAUGACGGUUCCAGUCUAUAUCGCCGAGGCCUCCCCGCCGCAUCUGAGAGGACAGCUGGUCACCGUCAACACGCUCUUCAUCACAGCUGGCCAGUUUGUGGCCAGUCUCAUUGAUGGAGCCUUCAGCUAUGUGCAGCACGGAGGAUGGAGGUAUAUGCUAGGUCUAUCUGCAGUACCCGCUCUGGUUCAGUUCUUCGGGUUCCUCUUCCUUCCUGAAAGUCCUCGCUGGCUCAUCCAGAAGGGACUUACCCAGAAGGCCCGGCGAGUGCUCAGCCAGAUCCGCGGAAACCAGAACAUCGACGAGGAGUAUGAGAGCAUCAAGAGCAGCAUCGAGGAAGAGGAGAAAGAUUGUGGAGGAGAUGGCCCAAUUCUGUGGCGUAUGCUGACCUACCCUCCAGCACGGCGCGCUCUGAUCGUGGGCUGCGGACUCCAGAUGUUCCAGCAGCUCUCUGGCAUCAACACGGUCAUGUACUACAGCGCCACCAUCCUGCAGAUGUCCGGAGUGCGGGACGACAAGCUGGCCAUCUGGCUGUCCUCGCUGACCGCUCUCACCAACUUUCUGUUCACUCUGCUGGGGGUGUGGCUGGUGGAGAAGGUGGGCAGAAGGAGACUGUCUCUGGGCAGCAUCAUUGGUACGUCUGUGAGUCUUUGUCUCCUGGCGUUUGGUUUCUUGUUGUCCGCCCAGCACUCUCCCCCCGUCACCAUCCACCCAACUGACCCGUCCCUGGCCAACUCCAGCUGCACCAGAUACCUGUCAUGUGAGCCGUGUAUGCUGGAUCCAAGCUGUGGUUUCUGCUACCAGCAGAACAGCACUGCUGUGUUCGCUGCCUCCUGCGUCCCAGUCAAUCAGGCCUCCACUGAGAGAGCAGCGUGGGGCAGGUGCUCCAACUCUACCCAGUCAGCGGAUCACAGUCUCUGGGCUUAUAACUUCUGCCCCACCUCCUACUCCUGGGUGGUGCUUCUGGGACUGAUCCUGUACUUGGCUUUCUUUGCUCCAGGACUAGGACCAAUGCCUUGGACUGUCAACUCAGAGAUCUACCCUCUGUGGGCCAGAAGCACAGGAAACGCCUGUUCAGCUGGAGUGAACUGGACCUUCAACGUACUGGUGUCCCUGACAUUCCUCCACUUAGCACAGUACCUCACCUAUUACGGUGCGUUCUUUCUGUACUCCAGUCUGUCUCUGCUGGGCUUCUUCUUUAUUUACGGCUGCCUGCCCGAGACCAAGGGCCGACGGCUGGAGGAGAUCGAGUCGCUCUUCGAGAGUCGGCUGUGCUCCUGCGGUGCCUCAGAUUCAGACGAGGGCCGGCAAGUGGAGUAUAUCAGGGUCAAAGGAUCAAAUUACCACCUGUCGGACAACGACGCCUCAGAUGUCGAGUAACACUGUAACGCCAGCUCUAAGAACACAACUGUGAAUCCUCUCUCGGGCUCGGUUCAGGGCUGAUGAAGAGCAGAGGGAGAGAACGAAUCGGUCCUUAGCUUCUCCCCACCCUGACACCAGGUCCGUCUGAACCAGUCGGGUUGCAUCUUGCGCAUACAGCCGUCCACCAUGAUUGAAGAAAAUGGAGUUGCUGAUGAAGAGCACAACCGAGCGCACCCACUCACCAAGUCAGCUUUUGUCUGAGGUCAUCACAUGGUCUACAUUUUUUGAGUUGUGGUACAAUGCAGAUCAAUAAUAUACCAACGUCACUGUUUUAGUGGCUAUUUCAUUUCCAUAACACAGAAAAUUGCCUACAGUUAAUGGUGAAGGUAGAAGAAGAUGGUAACCCUAUUUUCCCUACAAUGUUAAGUUAACCCUCCUGUUAUGCUGUGGGUCAAACUGACCUGUUUCAAUAGUUAAAAAAAAAAAAAAAAAAAAAAACUUGGUUAUAUCAUUAACCCCUUUCUGCAGGAAUUAAUUAGUUUAAUACACAAAAAAAUGCGUUUAUACCCCACAAAUACUGUUCAGAUCAUACAGAGGAUACAAAGGAUUAAAAAAUAAACAUAAUUUGAAUUAAUUUCAAAACUUAAAUACAAUGUGAUUGAUUUUCUUUUUAUAAAAAUUAGUGAACCAUAAUAAGUAAACUAAGGAUGCAUUUAAUUAAUUUUUUUUUGGGCCCAAAAGGUAACAUGUGGCCAAAGGAUAAAUUUUACCUGAAUUUCCCCUUUUUCACCAUUGAAUAAAUUAAACAGCCUAAAUGUAUUUUGUUUUUUUGGAAACUGGAUAUUUUUAACAUUCCUAUGACUUAAACAAUUUAAUCAUUGUUUGAUAUGAAUUAUUAGUUUUUUUUCACUUAUCUAUACAACUGAAUACUUGUUCACUUUUUCACAUUUGACCAAAUAAUACAUUCGGUUAUUUGGGGCAUUCCUAAAGUACACCAUGUAAUCAUUUUUUAUUGAACUAAACAGAAAUUAAAUUAAUUAAUACUUAAGACUAUAAGUGUCUGUAUAGAAAAAUACUUUACAUUUGGAUGGCUACCUGUGCCCCAUGUCAAUCUGAACCAGAAACAUUAAUGUUGUUUCAUUACUGCUGAAAACUUAACAGGAGGGUUAACCUUACAAGUUGCAUUUAUUGUCAGAGAUAAAAGCUUGGUCAGUACCACACUUGGGUUUGUAAGUCAGAGGGAAGAUAUUUUAUAAUGAUUUGAUUUUUAAUGAAAAGUUUUAGAGUCUUGUUUUGAGCCUUAAUGUUUUGUCAUUUUCUUGACAUUGAAACAAAUGGAGAAAAGCAGGAAUUGCCGAGUUGACCUCAAUAUAGAAUGUAAAUGUUAGAGGUGUGCCAAAAAAUCGAUUCACAUAAGAAUCUUGAUUCUCAUUUACUACGAUUCAGAAUCGAUUUAAAAUGUCCCAAAAUCGAUUCUGAGGGGCGGGUUUUAGACUGAUUUUGGGCUGGGUAUUUUUGUUGGACCUGGCAACCCUGGGGAUAGCGCUUGUCCCUUUGGAGAUCUUCCAGACACACACAGAGCGUAGGUGUUUGAGAAUCACCGGUAAGAUGGCAGAACAAGCACUAUAUUACCUUAGAUUAACGUGUAGUUUCAAUGUUUUAUGGCAGAAUGCUUCAUAACAAGCAUAAAAAAGAUCGCUAGUAGUUAGUUUCAGUAACUGUUAGCUAGCUAACUAGCUAACUUUCCAGUUCCACCUUAAAUAACGCUACAGGUGGCAGCGGGCUGCAGCAUUUAAGGCGGAACGGAAAAAUAACAAUAAGCUAAUCAGAGCUAAUUUCAGCUCCUCAUCACAGAGGAAUUAAGGAAUGGACAAUAUGAAUUAAUUUCUCCACCUCCUGCCCCCUUUCUGAAGAAAUACAACCACCUUAAAUUAACUAGUUAAUCAGCAGCUGCUCCUGAACUUUAGCGCUCCACUGCUAUCAUCACAUCAGCCCAGCAGCGUCACCUACACACCACCGCUAGUAGCCUGGUAAUAAAGCAGUGUUAUUUAUUUAUGUAUUUAUUGUUCAUUAACGUCAUUGUGAUAUCCCAGUGAUUCCUCUGUCACUGAGGACCCACAUUCCUGCACAUUUUAUUGUUUUUGUAACACAUUACUUGCUCCAG